UUGGAAGUUUUGGCGCGAGCGGACCGUGCGCGCGACCGGGGCCGUUCCCCUGAGAGAGCUCUCCCGGCGGCGGCGCGGCGCAGGACCCCGGCCCGUCCCCGCCUUCCGGGGGCGCCCACGGCCUCCGUCAGCCCGGAACCGAGGGGCUCGCGCCCCGCCCUCCCGCCUCAGAGCACUGCUCAGCUCUGACUUGUGCUGAGAAUUGAACUUGGGACAUCUGGUGCAUGAGAGUCUAUGGCUUAAACUGCUGUGCCAUUUCCCCGGUUUCCUGCUGGGUUUCAGGCUGCAUCCCGUCUUCAUGUUUGAAGUGGAGUGUGAGUUUGGCCUGGACACAGUGCCUUUCUGCUGCCACUUGGGGGCCCCCAGGCCCAAGCGCUGAGUGAGUGGACGCUGGCUUGCACGCUGCCCUCGGACCCUUCGGCACCGGCCAUGCCUGUACCCACGGAGAGCACCCCACCACCCCUGAGUGGCACCCCUGUCCCUGUCCCAGCCUACUUCCGCCAUGCUGAGCCUGGCUUCUCCCACAAGAAGCCCCGGGGGCUCAGCCAGAGCCUCCCACCCAGGCCCCCAACCAAGGGCAGCAUUCCCAUCAGCCGCCUAUUCCCAUCUCGGACCCCUGGCUGGCAUCAGCCUCGGCCGAGGAGGGUGUCCUUCCGAGGUGAGGGCCCCGAGACCCUGCAGAGCCCCAGCUAUGACCCCAGCCGGCCCGAGUCCUUCUUCCACCAGAGCUUCCAGACACUCGGCCUCCUGGGCCAUGGCUCCUAUGGGGAAGUCUUCAAGGUGCGCUCCAAGGAGGAUGGCCGGCUGUACGCGGUGAAGCGCUCCAUGUCUCCAUUCCGGGGCCCCAAGGACCGGGCGCGCAAGCUGGCGGAGGUGGGGGGCCACGAGCGGGUGGGGCGGCACCCGUGCUGCGUGCGGCUGGAGCGUGCCUGGGAGGAGGGCGGCCUGCUCUACCUGCAGACGGAGCUGUGUGGACCCAGCCUGCAGCAGCACUGCGAAGCCUGGGGUGCAGGGCUUCCCGAGGCGCAGGUCUGGGGCUUCCUGCGUGACUCCCUGCUGGCACUGGUCCACUUGCAUGCCCGGGGCCUGGUCCACCUGGACGUCAAGCCCGCCAACAUCUUCCUGGGGCCCCAUGGUCACUGCAAGCUGGGUGACUUUGGACUGCUGGUAGAGCUGGGGGCAGCUGGUGCGGGCGAGGCCCAGGAAGGGGAUCCCCGCUACAUGGCCCCUGAGCUGCUGCAGGGCGUCUACGGUACUGCGGCCGACGUGUUCAGUCUGGGUCUCACCAUGCUGGAGGUGGCCUGUAACAUGGAGCUGCCCCGCGGUGGGGAGGGCUGGCAGCAGCUGCGCCGGGGCUACCUGCCCCCCGAGUUCACUGCUGGCCUGUCCCCGGAGCUGCGUUCUGUUCUUGUCAUGAUGCUGGAGCCUGACCCUGCACUGCGGGCAACAGCUGAGACUCUACUGGCCCUGCCCGCGAUCAGGCGGUCACGGCCCUGGAGCACCCUGUGGGAUGUGGCAGCCCAGGCUCUGAGCCGGGGCUGGGCCUUGUGGCAGGCCCUACUGGCCCUGCUGUGCUGGCUGUGGCACAGGCUGGCGCACCCCACCAGCUGGCUCUGGCCUCCCCACCUGCCAGCCACUCCACCUCACUCUCCCACUCGAAGCCUCUUGGAUGGCAGCCUCUCCAGCCACUGGGAUGACGACAGCUUAGCAGGGCACUUACUGUCUUCAGAGGCCCCCAUGGCCAGGACUGCGGGGUCCACCUCCACACCCCGAAACAGCUCCCCUGCCCCCCAGGACAUGUUCACACCUAGGGACGCCCUGGACCUCAGCGACAUUGACUCAGAGCUCCCUCAGGGCGCCUUCCCCACCUUUGAGCCCCGGAAUCUCCUCAGCCUGUUUGAGGACUCCCUGGGCCCCACCUGAGCACCCCCACAGCGCUUUUAACCCAUUCCUGUGAGCCCCUUUCCAUGGAGCCAGGCCCCCUCCCAGCAGAACCUAAUAAAAGCUACUGGAGUCCUGGGAGUGCCAGCUCACGUGGCAAA